AUGGUCCAGAAGGGCAAGCUCAGAUGCGGGGCACUGAGCUUCGACCAGCACUGCAUGGUGGGCAACAAGAAGCUCUCCUUCGACCCUCCGGAGUUCCUGGACGAAUAUGCGCUUACGUUGAAGAAGAAAUUCGAAGAGGGUUUAGCUGCAGCCGACCAGUCAGACUCCGAGGAGGAGUACUGUCUCAGGAAGGACGGGGAAUGCGUACUGUCCAAGGAGACGCUCAACUUGAAUAAGAGGAAUUCGGAGCACUCUGUCAAGACGCAUUUGGACCUGGAGAAGAAGAGCAUCCUGAAAGUGGAUCGGAAAAUCAACAAUAAUCGAUCGGACUACACGAGCCGCCAGGGCUCGCCGCAGAAAACGCAACAGCAGGACCUGUUGUCGAAAGAGGAGCGGCUGGUGUGUCCGAAUAACACGAGACAGAACAGCGUGAAGAACAACUGCGAAUCGCCUCAGGAACCGAUCAGCGAACAGCAGGUGACCGAAGUGAAGACGACUCGCUCGUUCCUGUCGCGCCUGCGCCAGUUGACCGAUAGGUGGGGCCUGUCUGCUGCUGAGCGGCAACACUGUAAGGCUACCACCGCUGCCAGUGCCAGGAACAAUAAUUGUUCCAAAAGCAGUACUCCGCACAAAGCGUCAAAAAGCAAACACAGAAAGAUAGACACGUCGAGCGCGGGAUGUUGCAAGGGUAGCGACCUGCACGAAGGCUCAAAGGCAAGCACCUUACCGAAAACAAAACGAACCGGCGGUGCCGGUAAAAAGAGCUGGAAGUUCCUGUCGAUGGGCAAAGGAGGCAAGGGUUGGGCUUCGGACGCGGCUGUCGAUGAGAUGGAACCGGUCGCCGUUGCUAUGGCAGAAGGGGAAGGCGACGACCAAUCAGUGCCGUCCACGUCGAGAGUACAGAGCAACUGCGCCAGUCCUAAUUUCAGCAACGUCAAAGGAGGUGGUACUCCGCAAACGUCGCCCCAUAAAAAAGACUGCCAGGAGCGACAUCAGCCUCAGCUGUUGAACUCGGUCAGCAACAAUGUAGUAGACAAAUGUAUCGCCAAACUGCAGGAAAUGAAAGCCGAAGAAUUGUCCGUAGCUGUCGUGAAGGAAAGGGAACCGCCUCCAAUGAUAUGACAAGAGAUGCCCCCCGCUGAGCGGGAGACCACGUUCGUCGGCUACAUCUUCUGUCGAUGCUGUAAAUAUAAGCCAAAUCCCAAGGAGAAUGUGUAAUGAUAGCUCUACCAGUGUCCUAUUUAUUUCCUUUCUCUUCAGACUAUGUCUUUAUACAUGAUUCCAUGGCCGGUUGUAUAUUCCGUUGUGACUUUUAAAUAUUUGUGGUUUCAUUCGCCAAACAUGGGGCAUGCAAACCAAAGGAUAAGUUUUAGAUGUUACAUAAAUGCGAAUAAUUGCCCCUUGAUUUUUUGUCCUUCAUUCUGACAAAAUGUAAAGUACAAACUAGCUAAAAAGGUUUUAAUAUGCGUAACAGGAACACUCCUACCGUAGCCUGCCAUGGAAUCGUAUAUCUACUCUACGAGGGCGGACCGAUAAAUACUUAGUCAACACAAGAAAAACGGAAAUUUGGAAAAGUGGCGAUUUAUUUCUCAAUAUACUCUCCUUUUAACUCAUUAUGCUUACAAAACAAUCCCAAAAACCUGAUAAGCGUUUAGAGAUGAAAAGUUCGCAACUGAACGUAAAUUCGCAACAUCACUGGUUGCCUAUGGGUAGACCUCGAUACCGUGUUAUUUCCCAAAAUAAUGUCGCGGGUAAAAGAGUUUACGUCCCAAACCAAAACAAACAACUAAACGUAAGGUAGAUACAUAAAGAAGGUGCUACUCCAUAAACUGGUGAUUCGGGCCGAACAUCCCAAAUGUGGAAAUCAAAGGGAUGACCCACGCACAACCAAAGCCGCAGCAGGAAAGGAAAAAAAAUUAGGGACUCCAGACAAUUAAUGUCAAAAGUAGGAGGGCGUACCAAAAUUUUAUACUCCACGGAGCCGAUGCCAAAACAAAUUAUAAUAACGAAUGAGAAGUUGCGAUCUCCCAAAUCAAACUGUCUAAUAUUCUACCCAGUUUUACCCAAUGAAAAUAAAUCGAGCCCAAAAACCUGACAGGCGUUCAGAGAUGCAAAGUUCGGAACUGAACGAAAACAUGCAACAUCACUGGUUGCCUAUGGGUAGACCUCGAGACCGUGUUAUUUCCCAAAAUAAUGUCGCGGGUAAAAGAGUUUACAUCCCAAACCAAAACAAACAACUAAACGUAACGUAGAUACAUAAAGAAGGUGCUAACUCCAUAAACUGGUGAUUCGGGCCGAACAUCCCAAAAUGUGGAAAUCAAAGGGAUGACCCACGCACAACCAAAGCCGCAACAGGAAAGGAAAAAAAAUUAGGGACUCCAGACAAUCAAUGCCAAAAGUAGGAGGGCGUUCCAAAAUUUUAUACUCCACAGAGCCGAUGCCAAAAAGAAAUAAUAACGAAUGAGAAAUUGCAAUUUCACAAACCGAACUGUCUAAUAUUCUACCCAGUUUUGCCCAAGGAAAAUAAAACGAUUCCAAAAACCUGACAGGCGUUCAGAGAUGCAAAGUUCGGAACUGAACGAAAAUAUGCAACAUCACUGGUUGCCUAUGGGUAGACCUCGAUACCGUGUUAUUUCCCAAAAUAAUGUCGCGGGUAAAAGAGUUUACGUCCCAAACCAAAACAAACAACUAAACGUAAGGUAGAUACAUAAAGAAGGUGCUACUCCAUAAACUGGUGAUUCGGGCCGAACAUCCCAAAAUGUGGAAAUCAAAGGGAUGACCCACGCACAACCAAAGCCGCAACAGGAAAGGAAAAAAAAUUAGGGACUCCAGACAAUCAAUGUCAAAAGUAGGAGGGCGUUCCAAAGUUUUAUACUCCACGGAGCCGAUGCCAAAACAAAUUAUAAUAACGAAUGAGAAGUUGCGAUUUCCCAAAUCAAACUGUAUAAUAUUCUACCCAGUUUUGCCCAAUGAAAAUAAAUCGAUCCCAAAAACCUGACAGGCGUUCAGAGAUGCAAAGUUCGGAACUGAACGAAAAUACGCAACAUCACUGGUUGCCUAUGGGUAGACCUUGAGACCGUGUUAUUUCAAAAAAUAAUGUCGCGGGUAAAAGAGUGUACAUCCCAAACCAAAACAAACAACUAAACGUAAGGUAGAUGCAUAAAAAGGUGCUACUUCAUAAACUAGUGAUUGGGGUCGAAUAUCGCAAAAUUUGGAAAUCAAAGGGAUGACCCACGCACAACCAAAGCCGCAACAGGAAAGGAAAAAAAUUACGAACUCCAGGCAAUCAAAGGCAAAAAUAGGAGGGCGUUCCAAAAUUUUAUACUCCACAGAGCCGAUGCCAAAACAAAUUAUAAUAACGAAUGAGAAGUUGCGAUUUCCCAAAUCAAACUGUCUAAUAUUCUACCCAGUUUUGCCCAAUGAAAAUAAAUCGAUCCCAAAAACCUGACAGGCGUUCAGAGAUGCAAAGUUCGGAACUGAACGAAAACACGCAACAUCAUUGGUUGCCUAUAGGUAGACCUCGAGACCGUGUUAUUUUCCAAAAUAAUGUCGCGGGUAAAAGAGUUCACAACCCAAAACAAAACAAACAACUAAACGUAAGGUAGAUACAUAAAAAAGGUGCUACUCCAUAAACUGGUGAUUGGGGCCGAAUAUUCCAAAAUGUGGAAAUCAAAGGGAUGACCCACGCACAACCAAAGCCGCAACAGGAAAGGAAAAAAAUUACGGACUCCGGACAAUCAAUGUCAAAAGUAGGAGGGCGUUCCAAAAUUUUAUACUCCACGGAGCCGAUGCCAAAACAAAUUAUAAUAACAAAUGAGAAGUUGCGAUUUCCCAAAUCAAACUGUCUAAUAUUCUAUCCAGUUUUGCCCAAGGAAAAUAAAACGAUCCCAAAAAACCUGUUAGGAGUUCAGAGAUGCAAAGUUCGGAACUAAACGUAAAUACGCAACAUAAAGAAAGGUGCUACUCCAUAAACUGGUGAUUGAGGCCGAAUAUCCCAAAAUGUGGAAAUCAAAGGGAUGAUCCACGCACAACCAAAGCGACAACAGGAAACAAAUGACGGACUCCAGACUUCUGUCAAUUGAAGUGCAGGACUCCAAUAUACGUGGGAAGUGGGCAGUAGUAACACACGGUUUCGGGGACUCACUUUACUCAAACUUUACAAACAAAAAUAAUCUAACAGAUCAAACUCAAACAGAUGUGAUACAUUCGACGGUUGGCGGCCGACUGCCGCGUCACUUUCGGUUCAAGGUGAACCACUUUCAUCGGCCUUAAGGCUACGGUCAGUCCAGACAUUAUUAAGGCUACGAAGAUCACUCGCGCACUACACAAUCAAUGCCAAAAGUAGGAGGGCAUUCCAAAAUUCUAUACUGCACAUAGUCGAUGACAAAAAAUAAUAAUAACGAAUGAGAAAUUGCAAUUUCACAAACCGAACUGUCUAAUAUUAUACCCAGUUUUGCCCAAUGAAAACAAAACAAUCUCAAAAACCUGACAGACGUGCAGAGAUGGAAAGUUCGCAACUGAUCGUAAAUACACAAUAUCACUGCUUGCCUAGGGGUAGACCUCGGACCGUGUUAUUUCCCAAAAUAAUGUCUCGGGUAAAAGAAUUUAGCUCGUAGCCUAAUUAGACCGAUUAAAGAUUAAACCAAAGAGGAGAAUAGUCACCAUACACAGCAUCCAAGUGCUCUUUGAUGUCGCUGUGCGAUUUCCCGUCCGAAAACAAGAAUCGAUUCACCGAGCGAUACUGUUUUUCCAUUUUUCCAAAAUCCGCGGACACGCCCGCGUCCACACGCGGUCAAAACAAAACUACGAGGCUGGUGAGCUAAGUAGUUAUCGGACAGCCCUCGUAAAUCCCCUCUAGUGUACGUACCAGUGAAAAAGACAUUUCGGGAUCUCUCUUAGUAUUAACCUCAUAAAGAAUGAAGCUCGGGUACACAGUAGGCCUAAUUCGCUCCGGUGGCAGAUGAGACUCUUGAACACAAAAGAAGCUAUACACAUAUAUAGGACAUAUCAACAAAGAGAUCUCCUUCCGCGAAACAAAAGUGGAAACAGAGGAAACAAAGUAUUCGUUAUUUAGAUAUACCAAGAUGUAUUUGUAACUACGAUGGUGUUUUUGCCGAUUUCUUAAUACGAGAAAAAAAAUUAUUAUAUUUUACUAUUAUGCUAUUCCCAAAGCGCACUACAUCAUGCAGUUAAUUUCAACUUGUUUGUUCAAGUGAAUACAGUAAAAGUAACAAAUUUAACUAAUGAAGUGCGUCAUUAAAGCUUCGGUAGAAGUCUGGUGCGAAAAUGUAAUUGUGCAUCAUAUAUUUUCACAGCAAAUCGUUAUACUGAUUGGUGAUACACAAAAUAUAAAACUCCAUCUCUGUUUUAGAAAAAAUUAUGCAUUUACAAGAAAACACAACGGUGGCACAUGCUUUAUGUACCUUAAUUUUAAUUUGAGUUAUUUCAAGACAAACUUUCAUAUAAACAUAAAUUCUUCGUUCUGCAGACACAAAAAUGUUUUUUCGUAAAUAUCUUAAAUAUCCUUCACCGAAUUUUGUGGUAAUUUGGCGGUGGUAUUUAUAACAUUAAGGAGCUAAUUUAGCCCUAACUUGAUUAAAUUUAUGAAGUCCAGUGACCACGCAAGGAUUAUGGGGAAAAGAUUCUUUUAGAAAUUAUUUUUUAUUACUUAUUAUGUAAAUCAAUUGCCAUAAAAUAGCACAAGUAUGCAGGAAAUAGUUAAGUAUGUAUAAUGGAUAUUGUAUCAUUUGAAAAUCUACAAAUCCAAAUUAAGAAUCUUAAAAAGACUGUCGUUUACCAAUAUGGGAAUCCCACCAUCAUCAAGAAUUCCAGGUUAUCGUUUGGUGAUCAAAUUUUGCAAUGUCAUCACCUUUGGAAUAAUGAACGUGAAAGAAUCUUCAAACAUUAUCAAACCCACAGCGGUUACUUUAUUUUUCGCGGAAUAUAAAAUGUCAAAUUGCUUCAGUCAGAAAAUAACCCGCUGCAGGCACAAAACAUAUGGAAUUUGACCACCGGGCAAUUUUAAUGGAAAUUGGUAUAGUAAUUGUAAUUGUGCUAAUCAAUGAGUGCAAAGCCGAGAAAUGCGUUCUGUUGAAGAUACAGGGUGUUAAAGUUAGUGGGUAAGCCUGCCUUCAUCGUUUUAUGAAAACUAACUCGUCUUUAUUGCAGACUUCACAGAUUGCAAAUUCGAACACGUAGUUCGUCAACAGUGUUCACCUUAGUUUUAUACACUAACUAUUUCAUUUACCCCAAACCAGAAAAGAAAUCAAGAAGGUGAAAAACGAUCUGCAUGAACUUGCGAAGCCUCGGUAGCAUUUCGAAGACGCUCACCGGAAAUUAAAAUAAUUUGGACAUUUUUGUUUUUUCAAAACCGAUGUGUAAAGGUUUUGUUUACUAACGCGGCCAGCGCCUGGAUUGAGUACUGAUGCGCAUCGUCCGUGUUCACGUUUGAUCUGAUCAAGGUGCAGGACCGGAUUAGGUUUUGUUUAGCAUCUGAUUAAUCUUAAAACUUUGAGGGAUAUGUUGCUAGAAAAAAACUGUUCGUUCUCCACGAUCUACGAGGGCGGUCCGAUAUUUUUUUCAAAUUUUACGUUUUCCUUUUUAGGCCGCCAUCGUGUAUGCGGUGUAAAACUGUUCAGCAUGUUCCAUUUAAAAGGUGUGAAUUUUGCAGCUCCCUGAUAAAGUAGGCGUAGUUAUUUAUCCUCUUUCCAAAAUUUAGUCGAAAACUAGGAAAAAAAUGAUAAAAUAACUAAGCAAAUGAUAAAAUCCUACAGUAUAUUAUAUCAAUCUUCUAUUUUUUGCAUGGUCUUUCCAAAUAUCUGAUACAAAGUGUCCAUUAAAAAAACAAGGUUGUUGUGUCCUCUGAAUUGUGCAACACCCUGUAUCUUUCCAAUUAAUUUGAAGAUACACACCCAUAAAAUGUUAAAUUGUUGCGCAAACCGUUUUUGAAUAUCUUAUAUAGCUCCUCAUGUCGAUCUUAUGUGGGACGCCCUGUAUACAGGGUGACUUUGAAGUCGAGUCAUUAAUUUUCAGAUAAUGAUUGUAGAAGGAAGAUAAACCAAAAUAUGUGUGUAAAAAUAAAAAAAAUAAUAAAAGAAUGUUACCUUGUUUUAUAAAGUAUCCUCCUGACAAGUAUUUCAGUGCGGACCUGUAUUUGAUCGUGAGGUCUUGGAGCACCGGCAUGCCGUCCCCUGUGAGGUCUUAAGUCACCUGAUUCACGAGCCCGUUGUACUACAUUAACAAAGGCACGAUUGGGAAACCGAUCCGCAUAAACAUGUGCCAUUUUUGAUUUCGUUUGAGCCACGCAACAGACACCACUAUUCACUCACGCGUUACCGACUGACACUGACUGUAUACAACUGAAUAAAAUAAUUGUAAAAACAUCGUUCCAAAUUCUUUCGCUUUUUUGUUUCCGAUGCGAUGAACCGAUAAGGCGGAUUAUAUCCGUUGUCGCCAAACACGAGCACAUAAUAUUAUUAUUGAGACAGGGCGGUACUCAAACUUCCAAAGGGCUAUAACUUUGUUCCUUUAAUUUUACCAGAAAAAUGGUAAAGGAAAAAAAACAUUUCUUUGAUCAGAUCUACUCACUGUUAAAAUAAAUGACUCAACUUCAAAGUAUAUUGUGUGUUCACGUGAUUUUAUUAUAUCGUUAUUUUCACUGAAUCCAUUAAAGAUUAGUUACUGUUCGUGAAAUGUUGCGGGUAGGCAUACACACUAGGGCCAACCAAACUUGAACAUCCAGUAUCUCCAAUAAAAAGCAUUCUGAGCUUCGGAACUUUUGAUCAGCACAAAAUAAACUAGCACUAUAUCAAUUUUCAUCAAAUUUGGUUGGUGCCCAAAUUCCGUACGUUUGUGACUGGUCCCCUAUAAACUGAUCCGCUUAUCAAAAUAGCAGACUGUCAAUGUGUCGUGUCCAAGAAUACUCGAUUGCACUAAAAAAAAAUGUGUGUAUAUACUUUAUCAAAAAGCAAAUGGUUGCAAACCACUCCAUUUUACUUGAUUAUGAUCCAAAUAAUGGAUAUUACGUUAAGCCUAUACGAAAUUUUGACCAAUUGGACAUUGAUUUUCAGAGGGUAGGAGAAAACUAAGGGUAAUUUAGGAACAAGUGCAAACGUUAGUCUUAUGAGAAUAUUUUGUUAAGGAGGAUAAAUCCUCCAUUGAGUUUUUUAUCUAUCUUAUAAUGUUGAUAUUCGGGGUCUUGAAGAAUUUGCCUCCAUAUCAAGUAAAGUGGGAAAAUGAUAAGCUGAAUGUUAUUCGAUAUGGUUAAAAGCCGUUUUUCCGCAUACCAUUUCGUGUACCGUUUAUGUUAGUUUCGAAAAUCGAUAUUGUUUGGAUCAAUUAUCCUGAAAUGUUGCAGCGUCUCUUAUUAUGGAAAUUAGUACAAUGUGUUAGUAUCUAUUUUAAAAAGUAUCUUUUUAGAUAGUUGUUUACUUUGAUCCAAAAAAGGAAACAUCAAAUCUAUUUAACAAAUCAAAUUUUACAAGGUGUCUCAAGAAGUAGUUCGCAAAUUAAGCCUGCACGAAACUCAUUUAUUUCCUAACGUCUAUCGCAAUAUUCAUAACAUAUAAGUAAAUUUAAUUUAAAUUUUUAACCUUAUCGACCAGCCAAUUUAUGCUAUAAUAACUUUUUUAAGAAGGUCUUAAAUAGUUCUAUUAGACCAAAAAAAAAAUACUAUAUUUUUCAAUCCUUAAAAACUUUUAUUUAAAAAAUAUAUUAUUCUUAGACAUUAGAAAACGCUGUAUGCCAUGUUUGGCCAUAUUAAUGUGCUAUGACGUCAUACCAGUUGUAAACAGCAUCUGACAGUAGCAUAACCUCUAAAACCUUUAAGCAUAUAAACAUGACAUCUACUAGUUUACAAGAAAAAUAUAGUAGAUAAUUAUUGCUGUUUUAUCGUCCAAAAAUGUAAAAAAAAACAUCGAUAAAGAGCCCAGAGGAAUGCAUAUAGGCAAUACGUGAAGUUCGGUACAUAUUUUACAUUUUACUGUGCGUCACCGUAGGAUUUUCUUACGAAUCCAAAGUCCAUGAUUGUGUUUUCAAUAAAACGAGAAUCGACAACUUUUUACGUUGAUUAAGGAUGUUUUAGAAAUACUUAAAGAAGACAAUUUCAAUCCACGAGUGACAUACGGAUGACGUUUCUUUGUUUACAAUUUCUAUGACGUCAUAUCAUGACCGAUAGCAUAUUAAAAAAUCUUACUUUUUUAAAAAUUGAUAUCGAUAUAUUUAGUUUACCUAAGAAAUACUCAUUUAAUCUAUGAAAUUGGAUAUAAGUCAGGACGUUUGCGAUUAUUUCUGUGGUAUCGGUAAUUGAAAUUUUGCAAAAGAGAAUCUAAGUUCCAGAUUAUUGCAUACAGAAACAGGUAAAGAUACAUAUAUAUCCAUAUGUGUCAAAUAGGAAUUGAAGAGCAGAAACAAACCUUGAAAUGAAUAUAUGAAACAUUUUGAUGUAGUAUAAAUAACACAACAGUUUUGUCGACGCACAACAGCAACUUCUGUGAUUAAAUAAUUACAUCACCAACUACAUCACAUAUUAUUCUUUUUUUUAAUAAUACUAACAUCUCUCAAUUUGCUUAUUAAAUUAACUCAAAAGGUUGUGGUAUUCUUUAACAAUUGCUUGGUAAUUUUUUCCGACAAAUGAACUUUUUGAGAUGCCUUGAAUAAAAUAAUCAAAACCAAAUAUUUCACUUUGUACUGGUAGAUAUUCUUUUAAAAAGAUAUUUAUGUAAAUUAUAUAUGUGAUUCUAGUCUAUUGAUUAUUGAUAUUUAGUGAAUCGUUAUUUUAUAUGUGUGCAUUUAUAGCUUUAAGAAAUAGUCAUGUUUUCAGAACCAAAUAUCUUCCAACUUCAUAUACAGAGCGACCAUGUUCGAAUGAUGACAUUGUAUUUAUAGUCAGUUUGGUUUUAUAGAAAUAUGGACGCCCUAUAUAUGCAGCUCUUCUCUGUCUACCAUUAGUUUGUCAUUGGGUUUUUCCCUGAUGUUAUUUUCAUUUUUAUUCUUUAUACGCCCUAUGGUGCUAUUUUUAUUUAUGAGAAGAUUUUAUACACUGAUUUGUUCUCAGGUUUGAAUACAGGAAAUAUUGCAGAUGGAAGUUGGGAUGUGCCUUUACAGUUUGGGUUUCUUCUCGGUACUACCUUUCAAGUUGGGCUCAGCUUUUAUAAAUCAUAGCAUUUCAUUCCUGAUAACGUCAUUAAAUUUUGCAGAAAAUCAUGCUUACUCAGUACAUUGUUCGGUGGAGGCGUGUGCUCAAUAUCAUUGGCAAAAAAAAUCGCAGACGUGCUUCCGCUCCCUGCCGUCUUCCAUACCAUCUUCUGGCUCCGAAAAGUACCAAUAGCUUUGAGUUAAGUAGUAGUUUGCAUAAAGAAAAUCCCGACUUCCCUCGAUAUUUAUUGUGGUAUAAGGGUGACAGUUUGCCUUACUCUGCAGGCGCUCCACUAAAAUUAGAGAGCUGAUGAGUUCCGUUAAAAUGACAUUUUGUUUGCGGAUGUUCAUUUGGGAACCACUGAUUAAAAGAAAAGACGCCGAGACACGUUGAAAAGUUUUUAAAGGGGACGACUUUUUUACCCCUUUUCACCCUUUGGGUCAUUCCCUUUAAAAUUUUCAAUGACAAUGAUAUCGAGCGAUAUCUUUCCUUCAUUUUGACGUUUGAUUUUUUGAAAUCGGUCUAUUCGUUUUCAAGAAAAUUAGAAAUAUCCUUAUUUAUCUUAAACUCACGAAAAUAUCACUUUUUAUUUCAAUAAGUGUUCAAAAUAUUAGGGUUUGCCAAAUCUACAAUUCGUUUAUAAUUGAAAACGGAAGCUACCAACAUAAAUAACCAGAUUAGACGCGGCUACAACCAAAUCACAACCCGAAUUUUUUCCGCAUUCUUUUCAUCAACCAGAUAUCCUGGGCGAACUGUAUUUAUUGUUAUACCUGUUUAGUUUUUUGUUGCUAAGGAAAACAAAGGAUUUAAUAUGCUGUCAGUUACCUUUGUGACAAUCUUUAUUAAUUCAGAUUUUAUUCUCAAAAUGUUUUACGCACUAUCUGCAAGAGUGGAAAUGGUUCUAAUUUAUGCUGCCCAAAAUCAAUGUGCUCGGUCAACUGUCGUCAGGUUUAUCGCUCGACAUCCGAAAACGAAUCGAUUAAUUUUAAAAAAUCAAGCACUUUGAAGGCUAUUACUCGAUACCCCUUGUCAUUUAAAAUUUUUAAGGAAAUGACCCUGGGGGCCGAGGGUGGAAGGAGGUGACGUUUUUGGUUAAAAGCUGUCCUUCUUGACAUGUCUCGGCGUUUUUCUUUCAAUCAGUGGUUUUGGUUGUGGUAAGUUUCAAAUGAUUACCCUGUAUAAACACGCUUUUGCAUCAUUUUCCUUUGUAUAGAAUUGCGAUGCUAGCGCCUCAAGCGGCCAUUUUCCAACUGUAAUCUAGAUGCUGCAAACUGUCACUUUUAUAUAUCAUCGGCAUGAAAUUUUGGCAGGCUGAGGACAGGGUGAUAUGUACAUUUUUAUUAUCAAUUUGAGGACCACUAAAAAUCUAAAAUCCUUCGAUUUAUAUAGAUACUCUCUGAAAAAUCUAUAUUCUUCCUAUUUCCUAUAGGUAAAUAUUAAGUGAUAAUUAGAACAUUCAAAAUAUUUUACAAACUAUUAGUAUGAUGUCCAUACGCCAAUGUAAAUCAAAAGAUACUGAAUAAAUGUGUAUAAAAUUA